AGGACACAGAGGAGUUUAGGUAUAAAUGCAAUGACUGAUGGAUCAUUCACGUCCAGUCUGGUUGUGAGAAGGCUUGAGUCAGCCACAAGAUGAUUGGCCUGAUUGUUGUCACACUCCUGGGCGCUGCAGCUGCAGCACCCACUGAUGACAGGAUUGUGGGUGGCUACGAGUGUGCACAUCACUCUCAACCCUGGCAGGUGUCUCUCAAUAUCGGCUACCACUUCUGCGGUGGCUCCCUCAUCAACGACCGGUGGAUCGUCUCUGCUGCCCACUGCUGGCAGAACCCUUUUGCACAGAUUGCCAUCCUGGGUGAACACCACAUCUGGAAUAACGGGGGCACGGAGCAGUACAUGCCAGUUGAUGCCAUCUACUGGCACCAGAGCUACAACUACCGGACCCUUGACUACGACAUCAUGCUGAUGAAGCUGGCGCACCCCGCCAUCUUGAACGACUUUGUCAAGCCCGUCGCCCUGCCCACUGCCUGUGCCGCACCCGGGACCAUGUGUACGGUGUCCGGAUGGGGAAACAUCUACACUGACCAAGUGUUCAACCCGUUCAACCUUCAAUGUGUGGACGUCCCCAUCCUGUCUCACAAGGAGUGCGACGGCUCCUACCCCGGCAUGAUCACUGACCGCAUGGUGUGCGCUGGGUACCUGGAGGGAGGCAAGGAUGCUUGUCAGGGUGACUCCGGUGGUCCGAUGGUGUGUAAUGGGGAGCUGCAGGGUAUUGUCUCUUGGGGACAAGGCUGUGCUCAGCCCAACUACCCGGGCGUUUACACCAAAGUCUGCUCUCUGUUGCCUUGGAUCAACGAUAUUCUCUCCAGUUACGUAUCCGGCACAGAACAUGGUGUAGUCAAUCAUGCCGGGGUAGGAGCGUUCACAAUCCUUAUCAGACAGGAUGGGGAUGUCCAGACACUGCAGCCUGUCGCUGUCAGCGGCUGCAGCAACACAGCAAAAAGGAAGUAUGCAGUGGGGAUGGAUUCCGGAGACUUUGCACAUGGUGCCAGCGGGAGCACAGCUGCUGGGCAGAGCCACAGGCCACACGUAACUGUUGAGGAUGGCAGGCGUGCUCAGUUUGAGGAGCAUGACGUCAUUCUGAAGGGUGUAGCCGCUGAAGUCGGGGUGCUCGAUGACAAGGGAAGCUUUGAUGAACUGCUCGGUGCCCUCGGUGUUCCUGAUGUGAUAAAUGCACUAAAAAUAUCUAGAGUGUGCUUACGACUUGGAACAGUGAGCAGCAGACACAACCCAGUUCUCGUUGACCAGGGAGCCGCCACAGAAGUGGUAGCCGGCGUUCAGAGACACCUGAUGGGCCUGGGAGAUCACACAGCAACCAUGAGGUCUCUGGUCUUCGUUCUGCUCAUCGGAGCUGCUUUUGCCACGGAGGACGACAAGAUCGUCGGAGGGUAUGAGUGCAAGCCCUACUCCCAGCCCCAUCAGGUGUCUCUGAACUCUGGCUACCACUUCUGUGGUGGCUCCCUGGUCAACGAGAACUGGGUUGUGUCUGCUGCUCACUGCUACAAGUCCCGUGUGGAGGUGCGUCUUGGAGAGCACAACCUCAGAGUCACUGAGGGCAAAGAGCAGUUCAUCAGGUCCUCCCGUGUCAUCCGCCACCCUGAGUACAGCUCCUACAACAUCAACAAUGACAUCAUGCUGAUCAAGCUGAGCGAGCCCGCCACCCUCAACCAGUACGUGCAGCCUGUGGCUCUGCCCACCAGCUGUGCUCCCGCUGGCACCAUGUGCAAAGUCUCUGGCUGGGGCAACACCAUGAGCUCCACUGCUGACAAGAACAAGCUGCAGUGCCUGGACAUCCCCAUCCUGUCCUUCGAGGACUGUGAUAACUCCUACCCUGGCAUGAUCACUGAUGCCAUGUUCUGCGCUGGAUACCUGGAGGGAGGCAAGGACUCUUGCCAGGGUGACUCUGGUGGCCCCGUCGUGUGCAACGGUGAGCUGCAGGGUGUUGUGUCCUGGGGCUACGGAUGUGCUGAGAAGGACCACCCUGGUGUCUACGCCAAGGUCUGCCUCUUCAACGACUGGCUGGAGCGCACCAUGGCCAAGUAUUAAGUCUGAUCUUGCGAUCACCAUCAUACUGUGCUGCCUUUCUAUCAUUAUUUGUUGUAGAGUUUUUAGCAGUGGCACUGUUUUACAUUUGAGUCAAUAAAGUCUUACAUCUUGACUUUUAAAUUA